CACAUUUUCGAAUUUAUUUCAACACAUUGAGAAUGAACUUGCUGAAAAUCGGCGCUUUGCUGCUGGUGCUAUCGRUGGCCUUGCAUCAAAGCAYUGGCAGAACCGUUUGUGGUCCCGCACUGGAUGAGGUGCUCAGCGCUAUCUGCGUKCAUGGCUUCAAUACAAAAUUCAAGAAAUCAUUGGAAUGGAAUCAGCUGGGCAAUAAUGCUGUGGAAGAUGAGCUAGCUUUUCCUUAUGCCAGAUUUCCCUUUUUGGCCGAAAUUCACGGCGGUCAGCUGAAUACAAUGGCAAAAAAUCGACGGCACCGUGACACAAUCGUAACCGGUGUCUACGAUGAAUGUUGCAACAAAGACUGCACCUAUAAUGAAAUUCUCUCGUACUGCAAUCGGUUUGAGUAAACUAGUUGGCUCUGCAAAGAAUCGCAUUGAAUAAAUGGUUUUUGGCUUUUACAAGGUUCUACCAUAA